AUAAAAUUAAUGCUGUUUUUAAUUAGACAUGGUGAAAGAGCAGAUGAUAGUACAAAUGCAGAAAAGCAACGUAUUAUAUUAUCAUUUGAUCCACAUUUAUCUUAGAAUGGAGAAACACAGGCAAAAAAGACAGGAAAAUAUAUAAGAAAUAUUUUGAAAUUAGUAUAGAUUUAUUAAAAUUUGAAAGCAUUCAAUAAAUAAGAUUGUUUUAGUAACAUCACCUUAUUUAAGAUGUAUAUAAACAGUAAUUGGAAUAGCAAAUUAAUUAGAAUAAGAAAUAGAAAUUUAUAUUGCAAAAGGGUUAGGAGAAUGUUUUAGAUAAGAUUGGUUUGAAUAAGAUAUAUUGAAAGAAUUACAUUAUUAUAAAGGUUCAUAAAUCUAUUAGCAUAUUUUUUAAUAAUAUUCAUUUUUGGAUGUUCCUUAUUAAGAAGUGAUUCAAUAAUACCCUGAAUCAAUUUAAGAAUUUUUUGGAAGGUUUUCAGAAAAUUAUAAAAGAAUGAGAGAACAUUUUACAAAUAAUAAUAUAUUAGUUGUGACUCAUGGUUAUGGAGUACAUGCAGUAAAUAUGUUAGAAAAAUAAAUAAUUUCAAAUAAUGCAGAUUAUUGCAGUGUGAAUGUGAUACAAUAUUAAAAAGAUAAUGUAGACUAUUUACUAUUAAAUAGUACAGCCCAUUUAAAGAAAUCAAAAUUGUGA